AUUCACUGAUUUCCCUUUUUUCGGGGGUUGCAAAAUCAGAUUUCAUUUUUUUUUUCUUUUCGAUAAUCAUUACAUUCAAAAUUUUGCAGCAACUCUUCGAGCUCUGAUUCUUCUAUCUCCAAUGGCGGAGCGAAUCCAUCCCGCUGAUUCGCCAUCUGAGAGCGUCGCCUCCGGCCAAUUUUCGGGCCAAUUCAGCUCCGGAGAGUUCCCGAGAAAACCUUCUCCUCCGCCGGGAACCUACGUCAUCCAAGUCCCCAAGGAUCAGAUCUACCGCAUUCCGCCGCCUGAGAACGCUCAUCGCUUCCAAUACCUCUCCCGGAAAAAACCGAAUCGCAAUCGCUGCCGCUGCUGCUUCUGCUCCUUCCUCGCCGGAAUUAUCACCCUCGCCGUCCUUGCCGGGAUCUCCGCUGCUGUGCUGUACCUCGUCUACCGCCCCGAAUCGCCGCGGUAUUCCGUCGAAGGAGUCUCGAUCUCAGGCUUCAACGUGACGUCAACAUCCCCGAUUUCGCCGAGAUUCGACGUCACCGUCAGAUCACGUAACGGUAACGGAAAGAUCGGGAUCUACUACGAGAAAGGGAGCUCCGUCGACGUUUACUACAACGAUCUCGAUCUCUGUAACGGCGCGUUACCGGUGUUUUACCAGCCGACAAAUAACGUAACGGUGUUUAAGACGGCGUUAACGGGAGCGAAGAUUCAGCUGACGAGUUCUAUGCGCAAGGAGUUGAGAGACCGGCAGAGCAAGAAAACGGUGCCGUUUAAGCUGAAGAUCAAAGUGCCUGUUAGGAUUAAGGUGGGUUCCGUCAAGUCAUGGACGGUUUCCGUUAAAGUGAACUGUGAAUUAACGGUGGACAAACUGACGACGGCGUCAAGGAUUGUGUCGACGAAGUGCAGUCAGGACGUGGAUUUUUGGUGAUGAAAAAACGUCUUUUAAAAAGGGGAAAAUAUAAAAUAAAAAUAAAAAAUAAAAAAAGAGUACAGGGGCUGUUUGGUUGUAGGAUUUUUUACAGUGUAUUUGUAUUAUGUUCUUGACAUGGAUUUUUUUUUUUUUAUCAUUUUUUGUUAUUGAGAACUUUGUGAAAUUGUGAGUGAACGGUAA